AUGGCCAUGUGGAGUCUGCUUCUCUGGGAAGCUCUGCUUCCCAUGGCAGUUACUGGUACAAACAUCCAGGGACAGGUGGGAGGCUCUGUGCUGCUGGUGGCAAAGCACCCCCAGGGAUUCCAAGUUCGUGAUGCCAUUUGGCGAUCUCUCUGGCCUUCAGAGGAGCUCCUGGCCACAUUCUUCCAGAACUCCUCGCAGACUCUCUACCACUCCCGCUUCCUGGGCCGAGCACAGCUGCACAAGAACCUCAGCCUGGAGCUGCGGCCACUGGAGUCUGGAGAUAGCGGCAACUUCUCUGUUCUGCUGGUAGACAUGGGGGGCCGGACUCAGAUCCAGACCCUGCAGCUCAAGGUGUAUGAUGCAGUGCCCAGGCCAGCAGUCCAAGUGUUCAUUGCUGCAGCAGGAGAUUCCCAGCCCCCCAAGAUGUGUCAAGUCUUUCUGUCCUGCUGGGCCCCCAACAUCAGUGAUGUCACUUAUAGCUGGCGACAGGAGGGAGCCAUUGGUUUUGAUCUUGAACCACAUGGCUUGCUUGCAAAUGGACAGGUGCUAAGUGUUUCACUGGGACCAAGAGACAAGAGUGUGGCCUAUUCCUGCAUUGUCUCCAACCCUGUCAGCUGGGACUUGGCCACAGUCACCCCAUGGGAGAGCUGUCACCGUGAGGCAGCCCCAGGAAACGCCUCCUAUAAAGAUCUACUGCUACUGGUGGUGGUACCAAUCUCACUGCUCCUGGGGCUAGUUGGUCUCCUGUCUGCCUGGCACUGUGGUCCCUGCUCAGGGAAAAAGAAGAAAGAUGUCUGUGCUGAUGAGGUAACUCCAGAGACAGAGAACCCCCUUGUGUAG